AUGGGUACUUGUUAAACUAAUUGUUGUAAUAAAGAUUAAGAAUAUGGAUUAAGAACACAUUAAAAAAGUGAAAUCGAUAUUAAUGAAGGAAAUCCAGAUAUGGAUGAUUCUAAAGUUAAACAUUCUAAUCAUUCAAUAUAAAAAUAAAGAGAUAAAUUUGAAGAAGAUCGUAUUAAUGAAUAAAAAGAAUUAGAUAAAUAAAAAAUAAAAUAAAAAGAAGAAUAAAUUUAAAUAAAUCCUAAAAUUGAUAAAACAAUUAAUAAUGAGUAAAUUAAAUAAAAAAAAGAAUCUGCAUAUGUAUAAGGUGAUAAAUAAAAUUCAAGUCCUAAUAAAAAACUUUAAAAUUUUGAAGAUGAUGGUCCAAUAACAAAAUAUGAUCUUUAAGAAAAACCAAAUAAAAAUUGUGUAUUUUAAAAAAAAAAAAAUAAAAAUUUAGAGUUUAAUUAAAAAGUAUAAAAAGGAGAAUAAGAUGAUACAAUGAGUGAUGAAAGGAUUAAAUUGGGAGCAAAAACAUUAGAUAAAGGAGCUGUUUAUGAAGGAGAAUGGUUAAAGGGUAAAAGAGAUGGUUAAGGUAAAUAAAUAUGGCCAGAUGGUUCUAUUUAUGAUGGAUAAUGGAUUGAAGGUCGUUGUUGUGGAAAAGGUAAACUUAUACAUGCUGAUGGUGAUGUAUAUGAAGGAGAAUGGUUAGAUGAUAAAGCACAUGGAAUAGGAAUAUAUUAACAUGUAAAUGGAGCUAGAUAUGAAGGUUAAGUAUAAUUAUUAGAUUAUAUUAAUAGUGGUUUAAUGAUAAAUAAUCAGGUAAAGGAAUUGAAACAUGGCCAGAUGGAGCUAAAUAUGAAGGAGAAUAUUAAGAUGGAAGAAAAGAAGGUCAUGGCACAUUAUAUUUUGCUGAUGGAUCCAAAUAUACAGGGUUUUUCUCAAAUAAUGAAAUUCAUGGAUAUGGUGUUUAUGAAUGGUCUGAUGGAAGGAUCUAUAAAGGUAAUUGGAAAUAAAAUAAAAUGAAUGGAGUUGGAGAAAUUAAAUGGAGUGAUGGUCGUUAAUUUAUAGGAGUAACUAUAUUUUAUUUAUUUUAUUUAAGAAUUAUUAGGAUGAUUUAAAACAUGGUAGAGGAUAAUUUUUAUGGCCAGAUGGAAGAAGAUAUAUUGGAAAUUGGAUUGAAGGUAAAUAAUAAGGAUAUGGAGCUUAUUAUUUACCAAAUCAACCACCUAAAUAUGGAAUUUGGGCAGAAGGAAAAAGAACUUAAUGGUUAGAUACAGAUUAAGUAGAAUAAUUAAAAAUUAAAUAAGAACUAGAUUUUUGA